AUGCGGUCGCCAGCGCUCAUCUUCGCUCUCGUAGGCACGUUGGUCUCCAACUGCUACGUCUUUGCGGACAAGAAGCACUCAAAGCAAGGAAACGAUCCGGAUCCGAACCAUCAGAUACCAGGCAUCGACGGCAACGCCUAUUGUUCAUGCUGGCUGACAGAUCCCGACGAUCCUUCGCUGUACACCCAAGAGAGUGCCGCUACGGACCUCAUGUGUAAACAGCUUAGUGGAGGAGUUCCUUCUUUCGACCUUCCACCGGAUGAUCGGUUCAAGAUCUAUAUCAUUCCCGGAAAAACAGAGAAACUCUGCGAGCAUCCAGACAGCUGGACUAAACCCAUUCGUGACGUUUUUGGAGAAGGCUGUAGGGAAUUGGCUUCCCCUGGCAACAAUAUUACAGGAGCAUGGUGCUGUCCCGAGGGCAAUGUCGCAAAAGUAGAAGAGGCUGCCUAA